CCGGGUUAUUGACGGGCUGAGGGGCUGUGGCACUGACGCCAUGAGCGAGGCGGAUGGGCUGCGGCAGCGCCGGCCGCUGCGGCCGCAGGUCGUUACGGACGAUGGCCAGGCCCCCGAGGCCAAGGACGGCAGCUGACUUACCCGAUCCUCCGGGGGAGAGCCACCUUGCCACGGUCCUAGGUCUUCCCAGCCCCUCACUCUCACUGUCCUGAAAGGAAGUCCGAAAGCGUGCUCGGGUCGCGCCUCGUGUUGCAGCGAAGAGCUGGCCUCCGCACCUGUUUUUCUGCACCUUCCCACCGCUCGCUGUGUGACCGUUUUCACUGUGGUUUUCAGGAAAAAGUAGAGAACAGAAGUGACAUCGCUCCUUUAGUGACCGCGUGUUCCGAGUGACCUUCUUGAUGCUGGCUGUCUCCCUCACCGUUCCCCUGCUCGGAGCCAUGCUGCUGCUGGAUUCUCCCAUAGACCCACAGCCUCUCAGCUUCAAAGAACCCCCUCUCUUGCUUGGUGUUCUGCAACCAAAUACGAAGUUACAACAGGCGGAAAAGCUAUUUGAAAAUCAACUUAUUGGGCCAGAGUCCAUAGCAAAUAUUGGGGAUGUGAUGUUUACUGGUACGGCAGAUGGCCGGAUCGUCAAACUUGAAAAUGGUGAAAUAGAGACCAUCGCCCGGUUUGGUUCAGGCCCAUGCAAAACCCGAGAUGAUGAGCCUGCUUGUGGGAGGCCCCUGGGCAUCCGGGCAGGGCCCAAUGGAACCCUUUUUGUGGCUGAUGCGUAUAAGGGACUAUUUGAAGUAAAUCCCUGGAAACGUGAAGUGAAACUGCUGAUUUCCUCGGAGACACCCAUCGAGGGAAGGAAAAUGUCCUUUGUGAAUGAUCUUACAAUAACUCAGGAUGGGAGGAAGAUUUAUUUUACGGAUUCUAGCAGCAAAUGGCAGAGACGAGAUUAUCUGCUUCUGGUUAUGGAGGGAACGGAUGAUGGGCGCCUACUAGAGUAUGACACGGAGACCAAGGAAGUGAAGGUUUUACUGGACCAGUUGCGGUUCCCUAACGGAGUGCAGCUUUCUCCUGCGGAGGAUUUUGUCCUGGUGGCUGAGACGACAAUGGCAAGGAUAAGAAGAUUCUACCUGUCGGGCCUGAUGAAGGGAGGGGCUGAUCUGUUCGUGGAGAACCUGCCUGGAUUUCCAGACAACAUCCGACCCAGCAGCUCUGGAGGGUACUGGGUUGGCAUGGCAACCAUUCGCUCCAACCCUGGGUUUUCUAUGUUGGAUUUCCUAUCCGAGAGACCCUUUAUUAAAAGAAUGAUUUUUAAGCUGUUUAGUCAGGAGACUGUGAUGAAGUUUGUACCACGGUACAGCCUCGUUCUAGAACUCAGCGACAGCGGGGCCUUCCGGAGAAGCUUGCACGAUCCCGACGGGCAGGUGGCCUCCUACGUCAGCGAAGUGCAUGAGCACAACGGGCACCUAUACCUGGGCUCCUUCAGGGCCCCCUUUCUCUGCAGACUCAGCCUCCAGUCUGUUUAGCGGCCUUGACCAUGGCUGUGCCAGGAGUCCUCACACUGGGCACCACUGCUGGUCCAGGAGAUUCCGUGCACACAGCCGUUUCCACCUGCAUCUGCUGGUCCUUGGACAUGGACGUUGGAAGUGGACAGUGAGACCCUGUGGAUUUCUGGGACCCUGUGGGAUGCCCCUCACCUGGGUUUGACAUUGCAUUUAGAGGAAGCAUAACAUGCCACAGGGACGAUAAGUCCAUGUUAAACCAUUUCCUCUUAUAAAACCUUUCUAAGUACAAUGAUUCUCUAGGACUUAGGAGACUUCAUGCACUUAUAAUAGGCCUCAGGGUUUGUGGAUAAAGCAGUAGAUGAGAUGUCCAGGGAUCUUGUUUUUGCUACUGGCUGUCCUGCCAGCAUCAGUAUCUUUACUGUAAAAUGCGGGAAUACCUGUCUUUGGGGGUGGGGCACAGGAAGGGCAAGGAGAGCUCAGUGCAAAAGUAUGUUGAGGCCAGUGGGUAGAGCUGUGUAAGUGAUAGAGCUGUAUUCUCCAGAGCUCUGCGGGCUGUGGGCCCUUGAUCCUGUGCUCCCUUCCAUAGCUAACACCCCCAGCCUACCCCGGUUCAGCCCCACUCGGAACCAGAGGGUUUUCAAGAUGCCUGAGUCCCCAUCAACCAUUUAAAGGCAAGGACCCGAGUAAGUGCAUAGAAGCAUGUUGAUACCAGCAGCUCUGAGAGGACCUGCUGGGCGUCUCUCUCUGAACAAUCUACCACAUCAAUGGAAUGAUCCAGCAGCUGGGUUCUACAGGGCAGAAUCUAGGGGAGUCCUGUUGACACCCCUUUGUUCCUUACCUCUAGACCAGCAGAUGAAUAGUGCACAUGUUAAUGUCAUUUGCUGAAGUGUCACAAGUCUGAAGUUGUUGUAUAUCCUGACAAGUAUGUACACGCUGGUCCUAAUUUUGUCAGGGGGACCCAUGUAAGAAUGAUAAUUAAAUUGACUUUUCUGCUCAUUAA